AGACUGAAUUUUCUUUCGCUAGUUUUGAAGGAAUAUAUUUUAUUUUAUUCUUAUCAUGUUUAACCUUAUGUUUCUAUAAACUUAGUUUUCUCUAAGGCUUAUCAAUAACUUCUCUGUUCCCCAAAUCACUCCACACUUCAUAACCAUUAGACUUUUCCUGCCUCAGUCUGAGAUUUUCCCCCUCCUGAGACUUUACUACCUUCUUUCCUCCAAGAGUUCCCGGAAUACUUACAUUAGUUAACGGGCAUAACUCUAAGAUGAUUCAACCUCUAGUCCAUGCAACUUCCCCAUCUUGUUGGGAACCAGAAGUGACUGGUACUUUAAGAAAGUUUAUUCUUCUGCAGAGUGGACUGUUGAAUUGAUGGGGGUGAUUCUGGGGACAGAGACACUACCUAGGGGUCCCAGCGUAAUAGUCAUGAGUUUCAGAGGUUUCUAGUGAAGACAAUGGCUGUCAGAAUGGGUGUGUUGUGUAACAAUCAGUAGGUCUUCUCAUAUGUGAGAGAAAGAGGGGGUGAUGGUGCUAAGCAUGAAUGGCCAAUAUAUUAAAUUUCUGUUUGUUUUUUUUUUAGCCCUAUCCCCUUCUUGAAUUCCAGUUACAUGGUUUCUUAUCAGGGUUAAAUGAGGCAAAAUGUAAAAGACACAACAUAUAUCCUGAUAUGGAAAUAAUAAUUUAGAAAAAAAAUUAAGUAAUUAAAAAAGUGCCCACUUCCACAUUUCUGUCUCAGAUGACUGUAUGAAUGGGCAUAGGGAAGCUCAGGUGACUUAGAAGGAACAAGUGUUUUGCUUUUUAGUUUGAGUCGUUGCUUUUUUUUUCCUUGCAGAAGGCAGGGGGAAAUGUAUUUAUUUUUAUUUAUUUCUUGUUGUUUUAAAUUUGGGUCAUCAGUAGGACAUCUAGAUGGCAGAUAAUUGAGUAUAUAAUUCUAUAUAGAGAGAGCUGAUAGGAGAGAAGGAUUUGAGAGUAGUUUGUAAAGACCCUAUAGGGGGUCUUCCAGGAGAAGGUGAUAGGGUCCAAAAGAAUAGAGAUCCCUGUUAUUAAAUUGUAUUACUUAAAAAAAAUUUUUUUUCUAUUAUUAUUAUUUUUUUGGCCGCACCAUGUGGCAUGUGAGAUCUUAGUUCCCAGACCAGGGGUUGAACCUGUGCCCCCUGCAUCAGAAUAUUAACCACUGGACCACCAAAGAAAUUCAAGAGUAGAGAUCCUUGAAAAAAAAAACAUGGAUAGGAAGGAUUUGGAGGAUGGAAGAUGCAUCAGAGAAAAUAGAGGACUGGAUUCCUAACCCGGUUCCGACACUGACUGGUUUGCUUAACCUUUUGAAAAGCACCAAAUCCCUUCAGGGGCUUCUCUUUCUUUUGAGCCCUUUUUUUUCCUUUCCUUCCCCUUCCCGCCCCUCCAUUCUUCAUUAAUUCAAAUAUUUUUCUUGAAUCCUCAUUAUAUGUCAAAUUUUGCUGUAGGUCCUGAGCUUAAAGCAUCAGAUAAGGUGUGGUGGGCUUUGACCCCUGUGCUGACAUCAGGCAACAGAUUCAACCGUUACUCUCUGUUAAGCAUUGUGGUACCUGUGUGUUACAAAACCACAGAGCAGGGGCAUCUAAAUUAAAUUGAAGGGACUUCCCUGGUGGCCCAGUGGCUAAGACUCCAUGCUCCCAAUGCAGGGGGCUUGGGUUUGAUACGUGGUAAGGGAACUGGAUCCCACAUGCUGCAUGCUGCAACUUAAGACCUGGUGUAGCCAAAUGAAUAAUAAAAAUAAAUAUUUAAAAGUAACUAGGUAAAUAAAACACAAUAGUUCUCUGUAAGUUUAUUAAGAAAAAUAAAUCGGAUCGAAGGAAGGAAAAGGGGAGUGUGAGAAGGCUUUCAGGACACGUGUCCUUCAAACUAAGCUUCUCAGAAUGAGAGAUAGUUUAGACAAGCGUAUGCAAAGUAAUUUAGGCAGCGUAUGCAAAAAGGAGCAAAACAGUGCAGAAUGGUAUACAGAUGGGCUAAAGAAGCUGUUGAAGUCAGGCUGGCCCGACUGCCUCAGAGAGGUUCAAAGUCUAGGGCAGGAGGGGUCUGGUAGGCCAAACCCAGAAGUUUGGGUUUUAUCUAGGAUGGAAUGCAGAUCCACCGAAAAACUUGAAACAAGGAUAUGAAAAAUCAGGUGCGUGUUUUAGAAAUCCCAUUAUUGUAGUGGGCAUUUGCUGUGAUAAGGGACCAGGUGGUGAGCUGGGAGCCCAGAGAAGAAACAGUUCUAGAAAUUCAGGUGACAGAGGAAUGCUUACUCAACAGCCAUGAAGCACCUGCUUCGUGCUCAUCCCCGGCCUGUGUGCUGGUCAUCCCACCUGGCCCCACGGAGACAGGUCCCUUGUUCUCAGAGAGCUUGGAGUGAUGGUGGAAGGAGUGGGUAGAUUGGAGAGGUGGAGAUGAGACAACAUCCAGAGGACUUGGUGACUCAUCAGACGUUGGAGGUGAGUGAGAGGGAGGAGUUUGUGGUUUGGAUUACUCGGUGGAUGAUGAUCCCAUUCACUAUGGUGGGGGACCCAGCAGAGCCCAGCAGAACCUCCAGGCAAACGUGUCCAGCACGUAAAUAGAUCCAGACCUCUGGAGGGACCUCUGCAACUUGUGUGCGUCCUCAGUUGCGAAGUGGUGUCUGACUCUUUUGCAACCCCAUUGACCGUAGCCCACCAGACUCCUCUGUCUGUAGGGUUCUCCAGGCAAAAAUACUGGAAUGAGCUGCCAUUUCCUCCUCCAGGGCAUCUUCCCCCCGCCAGAGAUCGAACCUGUGUUUCUUGUGUCUCUUGCGUUGGCAGGUGGAUUAUUUACUACCGAGCCACCUAGGAAGCUUACUGAAUGAAAGAAGUGAACUAGGUGUUAAACAUACUUGAUUUUGUUCAGGUCCAGGAUUCAGUUUCAGUCUCUACUAUGGUUGCUUCCCUGAGAAGCAGACUUCUUUACAUAUCUCCCAUAACUUAGUGUGCAGCUGGGCAAAGCAGGAGGUUUAGUUGUUUUAGGUACAUCUGGGGUCCAGUACCAUUAAUUUCAUUACUCACCCUUCAUCCCUUCACCUUUCCAGCCCGGGAGUGAGCUCACUACUUGAUUUUGACUUGUUGUGUAGGUUGCUGUGGGCAGUGGUUGUAUUCAUGAGUGCUUGUAGGGGUUUUAGGAUGAUCUGGCCCUAUUUAUGUAUUUUACAGAUAAGAGAUGAGGCCUGGGGAGGUUUGGGGACUUUCAGAGUAUGAGCAGGGCUGAGAUUAGAUCUCCCAGUUCACUGGUCUCUCUGCCACUGCCUUCAUCACCCUCCCUCCCACUUAUUUGAUUCACAUUGGAGUGCUUACAGAUCCAGGCAGAAAUGCUCUUAGGUAUAUAUUUGUGCAGAAGUUUGGAAAUGACUAAGCCUGUGUAUGUAACUUUGAGACUCUGUGUAAAGCCUGUCAAGAAGCAUUGGGUCAUUCUAGCUCUGAUGCAGAGAGACAUGUCCUUGGUGUCACAGUUAGAUGGGGCAGCUCCCUGAGUGCACCCUGCUUCAGGGUGCCCUCCAAAGGCUCCCUGGAAGGCGUCGUUUGACCCCAGGUAGAGAAUCACCUUGCACUGCUACUUCAAAGAAUAAAAAGAGUGCAGAAACUACCGAACUGAGUGUGGGAAGCCCUUCUUGUUGGUAAGAGUUUCAAGUGCUAGAGAAGGGAUGUGUUGAAAGGACAUUUACUUUCAUCAGCUCAGAGCAUCUGUUUUUUAUUCUUUAAAAAGAAGCAACACCUCAAAUUAUGGCAGUCCCUAGGCAAGUAAGCACUUGAGAUUUUGAUCUGUACAGAUUCUUCGACGGAGCGCCUCGCAGGAGCUUUUAGUAGUGAUUUGCAGCGUUUGUCUAGCUCUGUAGAAUGACAGCCCGUCUUUGUGGGGAAGGGGAGAGAGAGGCAGAGACGGCUAAGGAGCCACUCUGUGAAACAGCAAAUAAGCCAUUUCUCUCAGAUGCGGGUAAAAGUGGAAACUGGGCUUAGCAGGCCCCAGAGACCAAAUUAAAGGAGAUAGGAAAUGGAAACUCAACUCCGUGUUUUUCAUUUUCAACUCGGUGCCCACCUUCAAAACAUUCACUCAAUGUGGGCUUCGUCACAAUUUUCCCCCCUCUUUGAUGCAGAUUUCUAUUUUCUUAUUGUGGUAAAAUGUAUAGAGCAUAAAACUUGCACAUUCUUCACGUGCAAAGUGACACCGGGAGCAUCACAGUGAUGGACAUCACCCCCACCCUGUCGUGGUAAUUAUUAUUUUAGGCCCAGGUUUCCUAAAUGAAGCAAAUUGACAGUUAGGGUGGUGUCACCCUUAACCCCAGGGCGAAGCAUAACCACCGUUAAGAGUCAGUCUCCCAUCUCUUUUUUCCCUUAUUCAUACGGUUUUGUUCAAGCCUAGUUGCAAUAUCGUUCAUACUGUUCAUAAAGAGAAUUUUCGAACUGUUAGGGAAUUUAAAGAUGCUUCAUUCCAUUUCCCCCGUUGUUUAGGUUAAGACCUGAGUGACCAAAAGUGGCAAUGGCUUGCAUAGCUGGACAGUAGCCAAGCUGGGUCUCCCUCUGUCCUGGGCAGCUCUGUCUUUAGUUUCAAAAUUGUUAUAAAAAAUUCAUCUGUGGUUUAUUUUUAGGGUCAUCUUCCUUCUCUUUCUCUCUCUCUCUGUGUGGUUUCUAUGUCUGGAUUUUUUUUUUUUUAAGUGGCGUCUUUAAGCAGGAAUUUGUUUUAAACAAGAAAAUCACAACAUUCAUGCCAUUCCCAGAGCUUAUCACCCAUGACUGAGACUGUGAAUUCUCUCCCUUUUUGUCUCUGUCCAGAUAUUCUAAAUCCAGGAUGUUACUUUCUUUUUUUUUUUUUUUAACCCCCAUUUGUUUUGCUGAGUGUAGUGAAAUCAGAAUUUAAAGGUGAUUGUCAUUUUCCCAAGAUGAGUUGUGUGUUUUUUUUUUUUUAAGCCAGUUUCUUUUCCUUCUUAAGAUCUGUUUUCCACUUUGAAUUAGGUGGAAACUCAGGGAAGUGGAGCCCUGCAGCUAAAAACCGACCAUCUGCUGACCACUUUACCCCCUCAGGGUCGACCUUCCUGUAUGAUCCCUUUCAAAAUCCUUUCCAGCUUCUAAAUUCCUAUCAGCAAGGAGUUAGGGCCUGGUCCUGCCCACGCUGGAGGUCUGUGGGAGGUGGUUAGGAAGCCAGAGGAGAGAGAGAGAAGCCGGGGUAUAUUGUUUGGGUCGGCCAUGGCAACCGCAGCAGUAAAAAGGAACAGGACUAGUUUUGUGCUGCUCUGUAGAUGGCCAGGAUUCAGCGCUUAUCUCUGGACUUUCUGCUCGGCACCAGACAACCUGAUCUCCUGCAGUCUGGAGCAAAAUGAAAGAGCUGAUGUCGAGGCCUCCCAAGUAGUGCUGCUACAGACCAUGAACAAGAGAGAAGAAGACCUCAGCCUGCAUGAACGAUCCUGAAACGCAAAUGGUCUUGGGUCUAGGCUUUUCACAUUGACCUUCUCUGCUGCCUCCCCUUCUGCUCAAGCAAAAUCUAUCUGAGAAGAUCUGAUGGGAAGGAACUAACUGCUUAGGACUCUCCCUUGUGAUGAAAGCACAUGUACAGUUUUCCAAAGAAAUUAGUCCGUUUUCUGGGUGGAGAGAGACCAGACUGCUGUUUUCACAGGGUACUUCUCCCUUCUCUGUGAAAGGAAGAAAGAACACACCUAGGCCCAGGAGCACUCCAGCUUCUUGUGGGAAGUCUCCAUGGUGACGUACAAGCUGGGGCUACCUGUGAACCGCGCACAGUGAAUGUUAUUCCAGAGCAGCUGCUGGAGGAUCGCACCCACGGGGAGAUGAUUCCUCAUGAAGAGCCUGGAUCCCCUACAGAAAUCAAAUGUGACUUUCCGUUUAUCAGACUAAAACCAGAGCCAGUCCGACAGUGAGACGGUCACCGUGGAGGGGGGACGGCGAAAAAUGAAAUCCAACCAAGAGCGCAGCAACGAAUGCCUGCCUCCCAAGAAGCGCGAGAUCCCCGCCACCAGCCGGCCGUCCUCGGAGGACAAGGCGGUGCCCAGCGACAACCACCGCGCGGAGAAUGCGGCAUGGCUCCCCGGUGCCCGGGGCCAUGUGGGCGGGCGGCUGGGGCCGGCGGGGCCCCCGGCGGAGCUCGGUUUACAGCAGGGAAUGGGUUUACACAAAGCGCUGUCCACGGGGCUGGACUACUCCCCGCCCAGCGCGCCCCGGUCCGUCCCGGCGGUGGCAUCCACCACGACGAUGCCCGCGGCAUACCCGCCGCCCCCUCCGUCCGGGGCCCCGGUGUCCCCGGUGCAGUACGCCCACCUGCCGCACACGUUACAGUUCAUCGGGUCUUCCCAGUACAGUGGGCCCUACGCCGGCUUCAUCCCUUCCCAGCUGAUCUCGCCCACGGCCAGCCCAGUCACCAGCGCGGUGGCCUCGGCGGUGGGCGCCGCCACGCCCGCCCAGCGCUCCCAGCUGGAGGCCUAUAGCAGCCUGCUGGCCGACAUGGGCGGGCUGAGCCGAGCCUCCGGACACAAGGCUGAGCCACCGCCACCGCCGCCACCGCCGCAGCACCUAGGCCGGACAGCAGGGCUCCUCCCCCCAGGGUCCCCACCGCCCCCCCAGCAGAGCCAGUACGUGCGCAUCUCCAGCUCGCCGCAGAACGCCGCACGCCCGGCCUCGCCGCCGACCCUCCCCGUCCACCUGCACACGCACCCGACCAUGAUCCCACACACGCUCACCCUGGGGCCCUCCCCGCAGGUGGUCGUGCAGUACACCGACUCCGGCAGCCACUUUGUCACCCGUGAGGCCACCAAGAAGGCCGAGAGCAGCCGGCUGCAGCAGGCCAUGCAGGCCAAGGAGAUGCUGAACGGGGAGGUGGAGAAGGGCCGCCGGUACGGGGCGCCCCCCGCGGCAGACCUGGGCUUGGUGAAGGCGGCCAGCAAGGCGGUGCCCCACCCGUACGAGUCCAGGCACGUGGUGGUCCACCCCGGCCCCGCUGACUACAGCGUCCGCGACGCGUCGGGGGUGCGGGCCUCCGUGAUGGUCCUGCCCAACAGCAGCACCCCCGCCGCCGACCUCGAGGGGCAGCAGGUCACCCACCGGGAGAACUCGCCGUCCGCCCUCAACGACAAGAGCGGCCUGCACUUGGGGAAGCCCGGGCACCGCUCCUAUGCUCUGUCCCCACAGCAGGCGCUGGGCCCCGAAGGUGUGAAGGCCGUCGCCACGCUGUCCCCACACACGGUCAUCCAGACCACACACAGCGCCUCGGAGGCCCUCCCAGUCGGGCUGCCGGCCACGGCCUUCUACGCGGGCACGCAGCCGCCGGUCAUCGGCUACCUGAGCGGCCAGCAGCAAGCGAUCACCUACGCCGGCGGCCUGCCCCCGCACCUGGUCAUCCCGGGCACCCAGCCCCUGCUCAUCCCCGUGGGCAGCGCUGACCUGGAGGGGUCGGGCGCCGCCUCGGCCAUCGUCACAUCGUCGCCCCAGUUUGCUGCAGUGCCUCAUACGUUCGUCACCACCGCCCUGCCCAAGAGCGAGAACUUCGGCCCCGAGGCCCUGGUCACCCAGGCCGCCUACCCGGCCAUGGUGCAGGCCCAGAUCCACUUGCCCGUGGCGCAAUCCGUGGCCUCCCCUGCCGCCGCCGCGCCCCCUACGCUGCCGCCCUACUUCAUGAAAGGCUCGAUCAUCCAGUUGGCCAACGGGGAGCUGAAGAAAGUGGAGGACCUGAAGACGGAGGACUUCAUCCAGAGCGCGGAGAUCAGCACCGACCUGAAGAUCGACUCCAGCACGGUGGAGAGGAUCGCAGACAGCCACAGCCCCGGCGUCGCCGUGAUCCAGUUUGCCGUCGGGGAUCACCGAGCGCAGGUCAGCGUGGAAGUUUUGGUAGAGUAUCCUUUUUUUGUGUUUGGACAGGGCUGGUCAUCCUGUUGCCCAGAGAGGACCAGCCAGCUCUUUGAUUUGCCGUGUUCCAAACUCUCCGUCGGGGACGUCUGUAUCUCGCUCACCCUCAAGAACCUGAAGAACGGCUCUGUUAAAAAGGGCCAGCCCGUGGAUCCGGCCAGUGUCCUGCUGAAGCACUCAAAGGCCGACGGCCUCGCGGGCAGUAGACACAGGUAUGUCGAGCAGGAAAACGGCAUCAGUCAGGGAAGCACCCAGAUGCUCUCUGAGAACGGCGAACUGAAGUUUCCCGAAAAAAUAGGAUUGCCAGCCGCGCCCUUGCUCACCAAAAUAGAACCCAGCAAGCCCGCGGCCACGAGGAAGAGGAGGUGGUCAGCGCCUGAGACCCGCAAACUGGAGAAGUCGGAAGACGAGCCACCUUUGACUCUUCCCAAGCCUUCUCUCAUUUCUCAGGAGGUUAAGAUUUGCAUCGAAGGCCGCUCUAACGUAGCUCUGCAGAGUUUCUCAAGGAGCAAGAUGCUGAAAGUUUCAAAGUGUUUUCAAGGGAUGAAUGUGAAUUAUGAACUUGUAUGUGACAAUGAAUGACCACCAAGUACAGCCUGACAGGAGGCACUCUUCACUUUGAUGUCUCAGAAAGGAUUUAAAAAGCAUAUGCAGAGCUGGCAGAGGAACUGAGAGGGAAGGGAUGGGGGAAAAAAAAAAAAAAGAAUACUCACUUUUGUCCAGUGUUUUUCUUUUUAAGACGAACUUUUAAAGAACCUUGCGAUUUGCACAUCUUGAGUUUAUAAAUUUGUGUGAUAUUCCUGCAGUUUUUAUCAAAUAACAUUGUGGGAAAGGCUUGGGGGACUGAACGAGCAUAAAUAAAUGUAGCAAAAUUACUU